CAGUCAAAAUUAGCAGUAAAUACUGAACGGCCUGGUAAAUUAUUUCACUUUUUUGUACUUUGUCUCGUCCACAUCUGCUUAGCUGCUGAAGAGUAAUAUGCCGGAGAUCACAGCAGGAUCCAUCUGUUCUGUCGAAAAUUGACAGGUAGCUUUUUCAUUACAACGUUGAAAAAGUGGAUGACAAACAUGACAGCUGCAGAUCCAGAAGGGCAGCGGUCCUUCUUUAUACCAGCUGCCGUUAUACGUUAUACCAACAUCUGGACAUACUCUGCUGUAAAAUGACUGGCAAAAGACACAUGGAAGGAUAUUGCAAACAAGAACGAAGUGACAGGCUCACAUUCGUCGGGUUCCCCUGUCAUCGACUAACUUAGAUGGAAGUCUCGUUUGCUCCACCGACCGCUCAAAUCCCGAACUGAGGUCACUCAUCAUGCAGGACCCCGAUUGAGCUCCAUUAUGUGGAAUCAUUUGCCAGUUUGGGAUCGGGUUGGGCCAACCACCAUGACUGAGCAGCGGGUGCCACCUGACCGUCACGCUUCCGCUGUUCAAUGUUUCCGCCCGCCGGAAAAAGCGACCCAUGAACGCGGCCGAACACGAUUUCUGACCGGGGCGCAUAAGCAACAGCCUUACAGUGUGGGCUGAUUACUUCUUCUUCUAGCACUGGGAACACAAAAUCCAGAUUUGGUUUCCAUGAUAUCAACAGCAGCAGUCAUUCGGACAUUUUCGUGUCAUUUGGUGUCGGACAUUUGCAUUUGGGCCUGUCUUGGAAAAAUUUGCUGUCCCGACAUGUAGUGACAGAAGCAACUUCAAAGUCAUUAAUACUGACGGACAUUCAGGAUGCGAGAAUGUUCCACGCGUAUCCCGAAAUUAUAUCUAUUCGUUGCCCACCCACUGCAAUCGACAAAGUCCGUGAAAUACAGCCAUGUCAUGGCAAACCGGGAUGCCAUUCGACGUACCGUCGCCAGGCCGACCCCGGCGGCGCGCCCUCUGCCGGCGACCCUGUGUGACCGGAUACGGGCCCGUGCAGCGCGCCUAUAAAGGGACCGGGCGCCGGCCGGGGCCGCUCAGCAGGCUGACGUCGGCCACACCAUGGAGCGCGUCCCGGUUCUGCUGCUGGCCCUGCUGGCUGCCGCCUCCGCCAUUAACAUUGCCGAGGAUGAGACGGCCCAGCUGAAGCGCGUGCUCGGCUCUCCGAUCACGCAGACGCUGGCCGAGCGGCUCGGUCUGCAGCUGCCCGAAGUGCCCGAGUUCAACAUCGACUUCCGCAGCGUCGACAUCAACGCGCUGCUCGGCCAGGCGACCGACAUCGGCUGCGUGCCCGAGGGUGUGCAGGUCUCCGAGGCCGUGCAGAGCACCGUGCAGCGCUGCGUCGGGCAGGCGUACCGAACAGCCGUCAGGAGCCCGCUGGCACGCCCCAACCGGCGACGAGCCAACCGCCGCGGACGCAGCCUCCUGGACGUCAUCAAGCAGCGCGCUGUCAACAAUGGCAUGCUGAUGGCGCAGCAGUGCAUUCUGCGGGACCUCGAGCUGACCGGAGAGGAUGGAGCGCUCAACCAGACUUCGGUGGAGGCCAUCAUCGACGACAUGACCGCCGACGAUGAGUUCAAGACACAGAUGAAGUUCCUGGUGGAUGUCUGCUUCACGUACACACCGGAGGAACUCAAUGACGCCUCGCAGCGUCUCCAGUUCCAGCUGGCCUGCAUCGGCAAGCUGUCCAAGCUGGAAUGCUCGCUGUCGGUGGCGGACAACGUGUCACCUACACUCGGCCUCAUCAUGCGCUUCAAGCAUGGCAAGUGUCUGAAGGCCCUGCAGCCUCCGGCGCGAGCCCUGAUGGCCCAGACGGCCUGCGCCGCAGAGGAGGUGUCCACACUGAUGAGAGGCCGCCUGGACGAAACAGCAACGAGCACCGGGCGCCGACGUCGGCGCAACGCUGACAUCAUGUCCAAAAUGCAGAUGCCCAGCAUGGAGAACAUAGAAGAAAUCCUUGGAACGGCAACCAAGCGCACCUGCCGGCAAACGCGCAGGGGCCGUCGCUGCACGACGACGCGUGCCAAGCCGUCCGUCUCCCUGGAGCAGCUCAACGAGACGCUGGCCCGCGCGGAGGAGCUGUAUGGACCUCUAGACGAGGCGUUCGCCAACGUUCCGGAGAUGGUGCUGGGCGCGGCCAGCUGCUGGCACACCACCAUGGGAACGGAGGACGGCGCCGGCGGAGUGGACGUGGCCGCGCUGCGGGCCCUGGCCGUUGAGGCGGAGGGACCGGACAUGAUGCGCGCAGCGCUCGUGGUCAUCAUCGACACCUGUGACAGCAAGGGCGCCGCCAGCAGCGUGGACAGCUUCGACGAGUGCUUCACUGAGGAGGCCGCCUACGCCUGCGCCAUGGUCCAUAUGCUGGAGGGCUGGGAGCAGAAGGCCACCUCUGCCCGGGGCUAAGGACAACCGCAUCAGUGUUCUGUUCUGCAGAGCAAGUAUGCGUUGUUUAUUCCCAGCGGGAUAAUUAGUACCGAUCGUUCGUAACUACUGGCUAAUGCAGCCGCACCGACACCAUGAUUGCUUCAUACAACCAGCCAGUGUUUGCAUUAUUUGCCAUUACACAAACAAGACCGCACUUGGCAUGUUCAGUAGAAUAAAUUGUUAACUAAUGAAAA